GGAAAACAGCGCACGACCAUGCCUGGACUAAACCAAGAUGGCGGGGGGAGGGAGUUCCCUUCUUAGAGCAGAAUUAAUGUCUGGGACACUAUUUGAAAUAUUGACCGUGACUAUCUUAAACACUGACAUAUAUUUAGCCAUAUUCAGAUAAAAAAAGGGUGAUUUAUCCUUUUGGUGGUAGGGUUGCGACAGAGACUCUGUUGACGGCUCCCCCGAACAGAAAAACGAUGUAGCCCAAAACAGGGCUGCGCUCAUCAUUAGAAUAAAAGCAGCACUUUUUUAUUUUUUCCAUAUGAUAAAAUGUCGGUGGCGUUUUCAUCUGUGCGCCCCAGGAGUAAAGCGGAAAUGACACCGCAGACCAUUCAGAAGAUGCUGGAUGAAAAUCAUCAUUUAAUACAAUGCAUUAUGGAUUACCAAAGCAAAGGAAAAAAAGCUGAAUGCACACAGUAUCAGCAGAUCCUGCACAGGAAUCUUGUUUAUUUGGCCACAAUCGCUGGUUCCAAUCAGAACCUACAGUCACUGCUUCCUGCUCCUCCUACGUCCUGUAUGUCUGUUGGCCAGAGUGGGGCACAUGGAGCAAGUAACAUUAAUGAUAACAUAGUGAUGGGAUUGCCUCCCACAUCCAUGAUGCAAACCCAAAUGAGCAAUGCUUCCAUGAUGCACCAUCAGUCUGCCGCUCCACACUGCUCCUCAGCUCAGGCUGGGGGUCAGCAUUAUCAGGGACAGCAUGCCAGGGGCUUAAUGAGUCAGGGAAGUCAAGGAAACACUGUCAUGUCCCAGAGGUCCGUGGGAUCUUUCUGUUCUUCUCAACAAGGAUCUGCACAGCCGUACUAUGAUCAGGAGGAGUUCUACGGAGAGCAGUACGGCCACAUUCAGAGCUCCAGUGAACCUUUAAACCAGCAGUAUUACGCUGAUGGUCACGGGGAAUACUCAUAUCUGCCUUCCUCAAGUGGUGAACAAGGCUAUGAGAGGCCGUUUGAUGAAGCAUCACAGCAUUACUAUGAAGGAGGUAACACGCAGUACAGUCAGCAGCACGGCCAGUACCAACAGGGUUCAGGGCAGCAGCACCCCUUCAGUCAACAGCAGUACUCCUCACAGCAAGGCUACAGUGGGCAGCCACAGGGAUAUGGUCCUGGGCAGGGAGGAUCAUCCCAGUAUUCCCAGUAUCAGCAACAGUACGGAUCCUAUCGGACACCCCAGGGAGCUCAAACCCAGAGGCCAUACUCGUAUGAUCAGGGUCAGUUUGGGAAUUAUCAGCCGUGAGGCUCUGCUGAGUUUUGUUGUUGGAAGAAAAUGUGAGAUGGAAUGACCCGUCGAUAAUGGACUCCAGUCGGAUGUGAAUUAGAGGAUCUAGCUGCAUUAGAUUUAUCUUCCUGCCAUUAAUCAGCAUUGUAAUUAGAACAAAAUGAGUGUGAUGCUUUCAUCUGUGUUAUAGGGUCGCAGCUGCAAUGAAAAGACUCUGUAGUCGGGACACUUGGUGUUUUUUUUGAAUAGUUUCAAAAAGGGUUUAUAGUAGUUAAUAAAGUCCCACUCUGAUCAUCUUUUGAUCUAUUGUAAAAGCGUUGAAGUGAUAAUGCCUUUUUUAGCCAAAGUCAAAAAACCUGUGUUGUUUUCUAGGACAUAGUUUCUGCAGAGCGGCAGGAGUUCAUCAGAAAUUCACCUCUGAGUUGUGGGUGUGAUUUUUGGCGCAGGGCAACCCCGGUCCCCUUUCCUGCCACCCAUAACUGAGAGCUCUCUGUUUACAAGCUCUUUCACUAGAGUACAGACCCUCACAACUCCAACCUAACAUACCCGGUGCAACAAAAAUGGUGAGAAAUAUCAAAAGUGCAGUCUCUAGCCGAACAGUUUUGAGCCAAAUAAAAGAAAUACUCAGAAAUGCCAUUUUCCGCAUCAUUUUCUUAAUUUAUGUCCUUCAUCAUUAAAAAAAACAAAACACGAGAACAUGUUAAGAACACCAAAAACUGUGGGUCUUUAAGGCACGUUGAUGAGCAUCUUUUAUGUUUUAUAUUUAUUUGAUGACUUUGAGUGUGUUUUUUAGUUUAUUCUGCACUUUAAUGUCAGUUGGCACUUCAUAAAUAAACUGAAAUGUAUCUGUUUGCUCUUUAUUUUUACACUUUUCUUACGUGUGAAAUUGUAGUACAUUACAGACUAUUUUUCGUCUGUAAGCCAAAACAAGCCAGGAAGAGAACAGCACCUCAGCUUCAACAAGUGCAAUAGUCAGUCAUGUUGCAGGUCGAUGAUUUCCGUCUGUUGAUGCACAGCCAUGGAAAGCUCAUCUCUAAAAGCUCUUAACAUACUAAACAUUAUUUUCUUGAAUGUAUUCAUUUGUGUGAUCUUUAAGAAUAAUUUGUGGAUGUUUGUGUGACUUUAAGGCACGACUGUUUGUGGUCACUGUCAAAGAAAUUACUUAUUAUAAGAGGGAAUGAGGUUAGAUCAUAACAAAUGUUACAAUUUACCUGUUUUUCUGCUCACUUCAUGAACUCUAAUGCUAAAGUCCAGGUUUGCAGUAUUUUCCUGAAACCUACCUUACCUCUGAGGGUAAAAAAAACUGGGUCAGUCGAUUUUCAGGGCUAAUCAAGCAAAGGAAAUACCUGGCUGUCAAACAGCUGAUGAACUAUGUACCUUUUAACUCUGACAAUCGUGGGGUUCUCUCAACUCUGUUAAAGUGUCACGUGUUUGAUGGGACAGUCUCUUCUACAUAUUUAUAUAAAUUAACCUUCUCAUGGUUGAUCCUGUAUGACUUGUAUGGAUCUGCACAUGUAUGUCUGAAUUAUAGUUGUUAGAAAUGGAGAGUGAGUUGAGUUUGAUGUGCAUCAACCCAAAUAUGAAUGUCAUCUACAUGUGUGUAAAACCAAAAUGUCUGAUUUUUUUUUUGCUGUCUUUUGUUACUACUUGUUAUAAAUAAUAAUUAAAAUGACAGGUUUUUGGUC